AUUUUUUUUUUUUUUUUUUUGUCUUGAUUUUUUUCGACUUAGCGGCGGUAGCAGCGGUUAGACGUGCGGGAGGAAAUGAGUGGUGCAGGCGGCGGUCGGUGCCACGAGCCGGGGCUGUUGCAAGUUCCGUCGCAUGUACUGGUACCUGCGCUCAACUGCCCGUAUGCAGGCCUAGCGGGCGUGGGUACAAGUAGGUACUUGGAGAAUGUCAGGUUGUUUGCUUCUGUGCUGUGCUGUGCUGUGCUGUGCUGUUGUGCAGAGUCCUCGGCGUUCCAGGGCUCUGGCUGGAGCUACGGGCGCCCUUGCGGUGCCUGUACGGUGCGUUGGCGGAGGGUGGGCCCUGUCUAGCGCUGUAGCAACUCUCUGGGGGCGGGUUCAGCAGCCCAAGUCAAGGCGCCGUGACCGAUUAGCGAGCUUCGGCUGUGCCGCUGCAGCGACCAAAAGACGGGACAGUGGGCGCCUUAUGGGGAUCACGGAACGGAAGGAUAUAAAAUUAACAAUAAUCAAACAGCGAGAGGCUGAUCUUUGCGGGAGGAUAAGAGAACUAGAAUCGAUAAAUGCCGAAGGAAGCCGAGAUGAAGCAGGAGGCAGAGAAUGAAGAGCAGACAACUGAGAUGUAUCGUGGAGGGCAGAAAAGGAGGCAGCGUGUGAGGAAGAGAGAGAGCGGGGAAGGGUUGAAGCCUCUCUGAGCCUCCACUUCGAUGAGAGUGAUCACCACCGGGGCUCAAUAUGUAGGUACGAGCUAUACAGCAUGUA